AACAUUGUACGCGGAAAAAAUAUCGUGCUCGUUCCGAUAACAUAACUUACAUCGUGAUUUACUGAUUGCAGCCGGUUUAAUAGAUCGAAAUUUUUGAUUUCUUCAUCAUGUAAAAGUUGCUUUAUCAUUCUGUUGACAUUCCUGUGCUGUCAUUUCUUUAGGGGUAGAAAAUGUUAGGAAUGAGGGGUGUGCUUCUGCGUAGCAGACACAGCAGCAGACACCCGUCUGCAGAACGUGUUGUCACCACGCUCGUCUCGUACUUCAGGCCCCGAGUGGCAGGACUCUUCAGCAGCCGAGGCAUGGCCGCCAAUGCGAGCAAUGUGGGCGAGCCAAAGGCAAAUACCAACGGCCGUUUCAAUGGCAGGCUUAAUGGAGUCGAAGGGAAAUCCCCGUUUCUAAUCGGAGUUGCCGGAGGGACAGCCAGCGGAAAGUCCACUGUUUGCAAACGCAUAAUGGAGAAACUGGGGCAAGUUGAUGUCGAAAAUGCUCAGCGACAAGUAGUUUCUAUCAGUCAAGACUCUUUCUACAAAGAACUUACGCCCGCCGAAAGAGCCAAAGCUGAACGUGGACAGUACAACUUUGAUCACCCUGGUGCAUUCAAUGAAGAUCUCAUUUACCAGACUUUAAAAGACAUUUUAGCUGGCAAAAAAUGUGACAUUCCUGUCUAUGACUAUAGGACAAAUUCAAGGUGCGAAGGACAAUUUAUUACUAUAUACCCUGCGGAUGUUGUUUUGUUUGAAGGUAUCUUAGUAUUUUACUUUCCCGAGAUUCGAGACUUGUUUCACAUGAAAUUGUUUGUGGAUACUGAUUCAGAUACUCGAUUAGCAAGGCGGGUUCCCAGAGAUAUUAAUGAAAGAGGUAGAGACUUGGAGCAAGUCCUUAACCAGUAUAUGAAUUAUGUCAAGCCUGCUUUUGAAGAAUUUUGCCUGCCGACCAAGAAAUUUGCUGAUGUUAUCAUACCACGUGGAGCAGACAAUAUUGUGGCAAUCGACCUGAUAGUACAUCACAUCUGGGAUAUUUUGCAUGGAUCAACACCGGUUCUGCAAAAGUGUACAGUCACACGGCGCUCUAGUGGCAGUUCCGACACAUUGAGUCGGUGAAUUAGUCAUCAGUGGAAUCCUGUUUUGUACCACAAGCUGCUGCCAACUAUUUUGCUUCUCAUCAGUUUUCUGCUUAUAAUGAGAAAGAAAAAUAUUUUAGUUAUCCGUUUAUUUAUAAGCAUUGAGAAGUAUCUCUCAAUCCUGCCUAUACUUUUUGACUUGGGUGCUGAUAGCUCACAAUCUUACUGUUAUGCAGACUGUCCUAUUUUAAGUCACCAUGUCUGCAUAGGAAACAUUUAUGUGCUUUAUGUCAUAAGGCAUUUUUGUUAUCAUUUGUUUGAUAGGGGGAAAGGGUUUUGUUUGUGCAACUUACAUGACCGUUGCUUGUACCUUGGCUUCUACUGUCCUAGUUCAUUUCUCUGGCAGUUUUUUUCUCUUUAAGUUUGAAUUUGUAAAUUAUUUAUGUAGACCUAUUGCUUGUAAAUAUUACUGCUUCCAUUUGCUGAGUCAAAUCUUUGAAGUGUAGAAUGUUUUGCCUCAUAUUAGAUUUCUUACAUGAACAUUUGACAAGGAACUCUAAAUGAGAACUUGCAAAUUACCUUUGGUUCCAAGCUUUUUCCAAAUCUUGUUUUGUUGCCUGUUGUGUGAUAGUUGAACUCUGUAAAAUGAAAAUUGCCCUAACAAGAAAAAAAAGGGAUUCUUAGCCAAAUCCUGAAUCCUUCCCCCUUCAUUUUGUUACUUGAAAGCUAUCUGUAUGUUUCACAUAAACUGUAAACCAUAACACCACAUUCCUUUCCUUACUUACUAUCAGAUCUAAGUAUUACUUGCAUAUUUCACUUGUUAAUUUGAAUGCUGUUUAGAAUUAGCACAUCCACAUUCUUUUCUAUUUUUUAUUCGAGCAUAAACAGUUUUUAUUGGUGAAUGAUUACUUGUCAAUGUUUUUCCCUUAGCUUUAAAUGGGCUCUAAACACGCAUAAUAUUAGUUUAUAUUUGUGAACAUUCGUUGUGGUGGUUGUUUAAUUGUUUGUUUACCAUGGUGUUGCACAGUAUUACUUUACUUAACUCUUGUUUUUCUGUCGACAAGAAACCUUUUUAAAUUUGUCUGUGUGUUUCUAAGUCUCUUUUGAGAGUAAUAUAUUUUGUGUAUUUUUGUAGUGAUAUAUGAAGUGCAUUUGUGAAAUUUGAGUCUGACCCUACUAUAUUUGUACCUUGGUUGACAUGUCCAAUCUUAAAUGAAACAAGUACUGACCAAGGCCACAUUCUUUGUGACAGUUAUUUGAGAGAAGAAAUGAAAUCCAUCUCUUCUCAUUGCAUAAUAGUAUACAUGUUCCUUCUGAUGCCUGUGGGUGUAUAUUUAGUUUGAAAUGUUAAGGAGAUAAUUUGCAGCAAGAAUGUGUGAACGACUAACAUAAAAUUGGAAAUAAACUUAUUCAUUGAAGAAUA